AUGACCAUCACAAUUCCCACACACGAAACAACACCCGGCGACGCCGUCUACGGACCCGGGACAUUCAUCGACAAGACCGUCCUCCCUGUCCAAGAUGACGCAAGGCGAGUCUUCGAGCUGCUCGCUUCCCGAACACCAGGAUUCACAAAGGACAGAGCCGCCUGGGACACAGUGAACUUCUCAGGAAAACCCACGCCCAUGAUCCCAGGACCAAUCAAGAGCGCCGUUGUGGCGUCUGCUCUACACGGGAUGGCAGGACUUAUUGCAAACGAACUGCUCGAGCUACGUGACGGGAAAGACAAAGACAACCGUACAGUGAACAUCGACACCGACCACGCAGGCCUUUGGCUCGGCUCUGUCUUCACGACGUACAUCGACGGUGUAGACACCUGCGGUCUCGCCCGGAACGGCAAGUUACGCUCCAUGUUCCCGCCAGAGCAGGACUUCGAGCAAGGAUUUGGAAAAGGGAUUUCCGGCCGCACGACGGCGAUAUACCAGACCAAAGACCCGAAGGUGUGGUACCAGCUGCACGGGUCUCUGGACGCGGAGAAGACGCUGAAGUCUAUGGGGAUUGACUCCGGCGUGGAGUUCAAAAAGCCGCAGCAGUACUACGACUAUAUCCAGGAACAUGUGAGGCAGUGGAGCCCUGAUGAGCUGGAGAUGCAUAAUGUGCGGCACGGUCUCUGUGGGAGUAUUUGCUACACGCCGCAGGGGUGGAGGGAGACGGAGAUGGGGAGGAUAUUGGCAAGACAUCCGCUUGUUAAUGUUACAGAGGAGACGUAUGCGAAGGAUACGCCGGCGGUGCCGAUGUCUGCUUUUGCACCUAAGGGACAGGAUAAGCGGCCAUUAGCUGGGAUCAAGGUGUUGGAGAUGGUGCGGAUUAUUGCUGGGCCGCAGGUUGGGGUUACCCUUGCUUCGUAUGGAGCCGAUGUGAUUAGGGUUAACUGUAGCAGGCUGGCUGAUCUUAAUGUCCUGCAACUCGUCCUCAACGCUGGAAAACGGACAAUCGACUUGGACAUCACCAAAUCCGAAGACAUGGCUCAUCUACACUCGCUACUUGCAGACGUCGACAUCUUCGUCCAAGGAUUCCGCUCAGGCACACUAGACAGAAGGGGCCUGGGUCUGCACAACCUGCUUGAACUUGCAGGCAAACGCAACAAGGGAAUCAUCUAUGUUUCCGAGAACUGCUACGGUCCAGACGGACCCUUCGUCGAGCGCCCCGGGUGGCAACAGAUCGGCGACGCUGCAUCAGGCAGCUCCUAUAUCAUGGGCCGCUCGCAAGGCCUAGAAGAAGGCACAAGCGUGCUUCCGCCUCUCCCCGUAUCUGAUAUGAUCACUGGUCUUGUUGGCGCGGUGGGAGCAAUGCUAGCCGUGCGAGAGCGUGCAGUCAAGGGCGGCUCGUAUCAUGUCAAGAGCUCGCUGGUUGCUGCUGAUACGAUCUCGUUGGAGGAGGAGGUCGGGCUGUAUCCGCCGGAGGUUGUAGAGGAGACGACGCAGCGGUUUGGGUUCCCGCCGAUUACGCCGGACCAGUUUGUCUCGGAGGUGCUGAUCGGUGUGAUUGAUGGGUGGAAAAAGGGACUUCCUGGUUAUUUGGAUGAGGACUCCGAGCUUAUGGCCACGUUUGAACAGGGGACCUGGGGUCGUCAGACGCUGUUGAAGCCUGUUGCGCAGCUUAGCGAGGAUGAAGCGACGCCGAGAUGGAUCACGCCGCCGGUGCCGCACUGCCACUAUCCACGGGAGACAACCUGGCUGUAUCAAUGA